UAGCGCUAGCUUCUAAAACGCGCCGUUUCACAUUGUAAUCGAACAUAUUUUAAAACCAAUUUUAAUCUUGCAGGAGUCUCGGCUUCGACCUGUGUACCUGUGAUGCUGAAACCACGCCCCUUCCGUCUCACCUGAGCCAGGAAGCCGCGGGUUCAGCAGGUUUGCGUGACUCGUCUCAGCGAUCAGCGGUCAGAAGGUUUGUCUGGUCUCCGUGAUGCUGCAGAUCCUGCCCUCAUUCCAUCCCCGCUGAUGCUCCACCUGCUGCUGGCUGCUCUGCUGCUUGCUGGCGGGGCGGCAGAUGUUGCUCCUAACAGCUCAGGGGCCACAGUGGCCCCCGUGCAGCCGCCCGCCACCCCCUCCACGCUGGACGUCGUGGCGAAGGAGGGGUCCAGCGCACUCAUUGUCUGCAACGUGAGUGGAUUUCACGACGAGGUCAAGUGGUACAACUCCAAAGGCGCUCUGGUCAUGGAAGGAGAGAAGUGGCAGAUCCAGGAGAAGGGUGUCCUCAACAUCACGGUUGUCUCCUUCGAGGACCGCGGCCGCUACACCUGCGUGGCCUCCAGCGGCGUGGCUCCCGACAGAAACCACACCGUCACUCUGCGCGUGGCCUACACUGACAGCGGGCUGGGGCUGUACUUCGUCACCGUGUGCCUGGUGGCGUUCACCAUCACCAUCAUCCUGAACGUGGCACGGCUGUGCAUGGUCAGCAGCCACCUGAAGGAGACCGAGAAGGUCAUCAACGAGUUCUUCCGCACCGAGGGCGCGGAGAAGCUGCAGAGGGCCUUCGACAUCGCCAAGAAGAUCCCCAUCAUCACGUCAGCCAAGACUCAGGAGCUCGCCAAAGUCACGCAGUUUAAGACCAUGGAGUUUGCCCGCCACUUGGAGGAGCUGGCCCGCAGCAUCCCCCUGCCGCCACUCAUCCUCCACUGCAGGGCGUCUGCGGAGGAGAACCCCGGACCCGACGGAGCGGAGGCCGUCCAGGCUCUGUGUUCAGACACUGAAUAUCGGGCCUCGCUGUCAAAGGUCAGCGUGUCUCUGCACACUCCCAGAGGAGACCCCAAGGAACCAGAGAGCAGCGCGUGACGAUGGGGAGGAGCCCCAGCAGGAGCACCUUUCUGCACCGAACGAGUCUAAUUCCAGAGAGGUGAAGAACUCUUUCAUUCCCAUUAAUCGUUUCUUUGAUUUUCAUCAUUCCUCUUCUGAAGUGGUGGAAUGAGAUCAUUGCGUCUGUCUCUGAACUCCAGCCAGACUCACCUCAAAGUGAUGGAUUCGGGCCACGUCUUUGUUUUCCUGACAGACUUUUUCCCUCCUUUCUGCUCAGACGAGCUCAUUACGCUGCUCCAGAUUUCAUUUGCAGCUUUUCUCUCUGGCUUCACGUUGACAGCCAGUCGACUUCCAGAGAAAAUGUUGCAACAAAACAUCUCCGUUUCACGCCGUCAGUCCUUCUCAGUGUCCGUCAUUCCAGUGGAAAUCUCUGCAAGGCCAAACCCUGACCAGAACAACAGAAGAUAAAAACAGACCAAAACCCAUCACUUUAUCCUUUAACAUUAUAAGCAUUUUCUUAAAUAAAGUCUGUAUAAGCAGUAAAAUGGAGCCAUGUGAAGCUACAGUCAAAACUAUUGUGAGGUUGAGGUUUUGUUGGGUUAUGAAAGACAAAUGUUUGCUAACUUGUAUUGGCAAAUAUUUAAUUUAUUUGUUGAUCUUUUACUAACAUUGUCUUAAUUAUUCAUGACAAUGCUAAAAAAACACUUUGAAUUCUAGUUUAGGUUUGAUUAAUAUCUGUACAUUUCUAUUAAACAAAAGAAGGAAACGACCAAAUUAUUACAAUGCUUACAUUUUACAUCAUAAAUGUUCAACCAAAAUAGUUGUCAGAUUUGAUUUCUCUUUUUAAACAAAAAUAAAAUAUAAAUAAAAUGC